AUGGCGAAUCCUGGGCAUUACACCCAGCCGAACCUCUACGUGCCGAAUGGUGCCAAUCGGAUAAAAUCUGAGACGGGAUCUGAACGCGGCGGCUCUCCUCACACGUCUGAGCAAUCAUCGAGAUAUUCUUCACAAACCCCCCAAAACUUGGCAUACCACCAACAGAUCGCAUCCCAAUUGACAAACGGCCUUCGAUAUCCAUCGCCCUCCCAAAUCCAACAGCAGAACAACAUGUCCAUGAUGCAACACUCUUAUCACCAGAGUGUGCCGCAAGACCAACAAUACCAACAACAACAACCGCUAGCAGCUGUACAACAGGCUGUACAGGCAGAGCAGAGUCCGAUGGAAGGGCGGACAAGCACUGGGAAUGGUGGUCUACCGAAGGCGUUUGCUUGUUCGACAUGCUCAAAAGGAUUCGCGAGAAGAAGUGAUCUGGCUCGUCACGAACGCAUCCACUCGGGCGUUCGACCGCACGUGUGCGAUCAUCCUGGCUGCGGCAAGCAGUUCAUACAACGUUCCGCUUUGACGGUGCACUCGCGUGUGCAUACCGGUGAGAAGCCGCAUAUGUGCGAGCGUUGUGGCAAGCCCUUCUCGGAUUCGAGCUCUCUUGCACGUCAUCGCCGCAUCCACUCUGGCAAGCGUCCCUACAAGUGCCCAUAUGCAGAUUGUCAAAAGACUUUCACACGACGGACCACUUUGACGCGCCACCAGAACCACCACACAGGCACCAUCGAGGAGUCUCAAGCUGCCACAGCUGCAGCACUAGCUUCACGAGUCUCAAUGGCUGGUCAACGAUCGCGAGGAUCCGACGAGGAGAAUGAGUACUCCGCAGAUGGUAAAUCGCCCAUGCCACACCAACAACACCCUGACCGCCCGUCAUCCGUCUCGCCCGCCACGGGCCUCAACGGUGUCCCUCAACUCCAGAGACAACCUUCCGACUACUACCUUAAUGCCAUCAGCAGUGGUAUGGCAGUUCCAGCACACCUGCGUCCCGAGAUGCAGCCGACUUCGCGCCCUCAAUCGCCAGCAUACACUAUGCCCAUCAACGGACAAUCAGGACGAUCGACGAUGACCUCUAACCCGACUGCGGGAUACAAUCCUCCUCAGAUCCUGGAGCCACCUACGAACAAUGGACAGCAACCGCCAGGAAGCGGUAACAACAGCCCUCACAUUGGUGGCGCCAUGGGAUGGCAAUCCCCACACAACGGCAUCACAGCAAACCAGCAAUCCGACUACACCUAUCCUGACCCAAAUGCCGGUUAUAACGUAAACGGCGUAAACGGUCAGAUGUACUAUCAACAGCCGAGCGUCCAGCGUCCUCACAGCACUGGCCCCAUCGACUACCACAACCAGCUGCGGGGCCAAGAGAUGUGGGCUCAGCAUCAGCAAUGA